AUUUCGUCGACAUCAAAAUCAAAUCCCGAUUCCGAGAGAGAGAGAUAGCGGAGGAAGACGAUGGCUUUGACGGCGGCGAAGAGUGCGUUGGAGGCGAUUAGAGAGAAAGGUCUCGGCGGUUUCAUGAGGAUGCUCCGAGAAGAUGGUUUCGUGAGAUGUUUAAAAGAUGGGAACCUCUUGCAAACUAAGAUACACAACAUAGGAGCAACACUUGUUGGUGUUGACAAGUUCGGUAACAAAUACUACCAGAAGCUGGGUGAUACUCAAUACGGUAGGCACAGAUGGGUAGAGUAUGCUGCCAAGUAUCGUUACAAUGCAUCUCAAGUACCAGCUGAAUGGCAUGGGUGGCUUCAUUUCAUCACUGAUCACACUGGAGAUGAGCUAUUGAGUUUGAAACCAAAAAGGUACGGGCUUGAGCACAAAGAGAACUUCUCUGGAGAAGGCGAUGAAUACAUAUACCAUUCGAAGGGACAUGCUUUGAACCCUGGGCAAAAGAAUUGGACUCGAUACCAAUCAUGGGUACCCACUAAGACUCAGUAAGAAGAGAUCUAGUUGAUCCUUUGUGUGAUUUGUUUGUUUCUGUGUCAUUUUAAUAAAAGCUGUUUGGAUCUAAAGCUGAACACACUUGGGUUUUUUUUUGUAUUUGGAAUAUUGUAAUUGACGCUGUUUAAUAAUUUUCUGAUCCUUGAACUUCUCAUCAUGUUUGUUCACAUGUGGACAGAAAAUAUAUAUAUAUAUUCGUUUCUUUCGUGUA